UUCGUGGCCGCUCUAGCGUUGCGAAGGGCCGCUCAACCAAGGCAGAUCGAUCGACCGUCGUAUCAUGCAGCCCUUGAUCGACGAAGGCGUGCCGCCUCGUGUUGAAGCUCCUUUCCCUACUCCUGCUGCUGCUGCUGCAGCAUCACCCGGUGCUGCUACCGCUGCUGCUGCUGCUAUUCUCCCUCCCGCUUUCCACAUGCAUGGCGCGGCGCUGGCGCUGUCCGGAACCAACCCGCCGUUUGUUGGAUCGGCGGUAUUCGAGGCCUUCCAAACUUCUCAAACAUCGGACACCGGAAGUAGUAGCGGCAGCGGCAGCAGCAGCAGCGCCGCUUUCCUCGACCUACAUGGCGCAACCACCCCUCUCAGCGAACUUCCCGCGGGGUCCGAGCAUCUCGGCCCGCAUGAUGGUGUCCUGCCCUCGCCGACGUUGGCCGGGCGCAAGCGUUCGCAGCCCACGGGGGGCUGGAGCUCGUCGAACGAUGGCAAUGACCAGGAGAGAGCCACUGCAGGCGCCGCCAGCAGCAGCAUGUGCAUGCGGCGCAAUCAAAAUGAUCAUUCCGAGGCCAGGCCCUCGAGGUUCAUCAUGCAAGGGGCCGCCGCCGCUGACGCCGCCGCUGGUGUGGUCGGAGUUAAGGGAGAAGUGGGCGAUGGCUUUCUUGCGGCUGGUGGUGGCAGCAGCGGUACCACCUCCAGCGGAGCCAGUAGGGCAGAAGAGAUGGAACUCGAUGUAGGCGAUACGCCGGUUGCCUACCUCCGGGCAGCCACCAGCCAGCAGCUCCGGGAUGAUGCUACGCGUAGCACUAGCAGCGAAGUUCCAGCGGCAACCUUUGUCGCUGAGCCAAGCACGUCGGGUCCUGCAGUAGUUGUUCCUGCCGCUACGACAGAGACAACCCCUGCUGCUGCUGCUGCUACUGCUGCUGCUGCUGCUGCUGCUGCCGCCGCUGUCUUUGUGCCCGGGGUGGCGGCUACUGCUGAUGCAGACAACGGGAGCGCUGCUGACCCUGUGUCCUGCCUGGGCGACUACAACUUCAGUUUCGAGUAG